GGUGUCUUUGGGACAGGCUGGGCAUGGCUGCAGCCAGGGGUCACCGCUGCCCUGGGUCUGGCCCAGCAGCGACUCCUGAGACAGGUCGGGGGCUGGUGCCCCGGGGUGGCCAGUAGGCCAGAGCCCCAGUCUGGCUCGGGGGGCAGCCACCCAUUGCUCCCAGCCUUGGCUGGCCCGGCGGGAGGCGGGGGGGGCGGUCCUCCGCAGCUGCCUCGCCCGGCUCCCUUGUUCUCUCUCUCCUCCCGCUUUGCGGAGGCUCUUCUGAGCCGGAGGAGACAGACCCCCGACGGGCCCGGGUGCUGCUCGGCUCUUCCCCGCCAGCGCAGCCGCCGCUGGGGUGCUGAGAGGAGGCGGCGGCGGCAGCGGCGGCGGCGGCAGCAGCGAAGGAGCAGGCGGCCGUGGAUGUGGGCGGGGGAGCGCGCGCGAGAACCUCCCCUGAGCAUGUUCCGAGUCGGGAGAGCAGCAGACUGCUAAGCAGGCAGCCGGAGGAGCGAGCCGAGCCGGGGCCGGAGCCGGAGCCAGGCAGCAGAGACCGCCGCGGCGGCGGCAGCAGUAGUAGCAGCAGCACUGACGGCCCCCUGCGCCGCCGCCGCCGCCGCCGCCACGCUCCUCCUCGGUCUCCUGGCGCCUCGCCGGGCUCCUUCCAGGGAGCGGGGAGCCGGGCCGCUUGUCUGCAGCGUUAGCCGCUGGGGCGCCUCUGCCAGGGCCGCCUCCCACCCGCCGCCUGGUGAGCUGGGGGGCAGCCGUGGCCAACGUCCGCCGCCAGUGAAGGGACCACGGCGGGCGCCGGCGAGGGGCCCGGCCGCCGAGGCAUGGGGGGCUGCCGGCAGCAGAGCUCCCCCAGGCAGAGCCAGGCCCGGGGCUCGCGCUGCUGCUGCUGCUGCUGCGUGGGCUGAGACCCCCAGCCAGCCAUGAAGGCGAUGUCCGAGGGCGCCGGCGGCGGCAGCAGCAGCAGCAGCGGGGCGGAGGGGCGGCUGUCCAGCCUGCAGGUGUUCGCCAGCGCCUCCUCCCUGCACGGCCUGAGGCACGUCUUCGCCUACGGGGCGCUGUCCUUGCGGCGCCUGCUCUGGGCCCUCUUCUUCCUGGGCUCGCUGGCGCUGCUGGCGCUGGUGUGCGUCGAGCGCCUGGCCUACUUCUUCACCUACCCGCACGUCACCAAGCUGGACGAGGUGGCCGCCCCCAACCUCACCUUCCCGGCGGUCACCAUCUGCAACCUGAACGAGUUCCGCUUCUCCAAGAUCACCCGCAACGACCUCUACCACGUGGGCGACCUGCUGGCCCUGCUGGACUCCCGCUACGAGGUCAGCAACGCCCACCUGGCCGACCCCGAGACGCUGGCAGCCCUGCGGGAGAAGGCCAACUUCCGCGGCUUCAAGGCCCGGCCCUUCGACAUGGCCGAGUUCUACAACCGCACCGGCCACGACCUGGCCGAGAUGCUCCUGCAGUGCAGCUUCCGGGGGGCCAACUGCAGCGCCCGCAACUUCAGCAUGGUGGCGGAGCGGGUCCAGUACUACAGGGAGUAUCACCAUGUCACCAUGCUGGACGAGGAGGAGGGCGCCCUGCUCGUCUUCCCGGCCGUCACCCUCUGCAACUUCAACCGCAUCCGCCAGUCCCAGCUGACCCGCAACGACCUCCACUGGCUCGGGCGGGAGCUGCUGGGGGUGGAGCUGCCCGACCACCCCCGGUACUGGCGGGCCCUGGGCCAGCCCGAGGCCCCCGGCUUCCUCCCCGGCACCAGCUUUGACAUGGGGGACUUUGUGGAGCGGACGGGGCACCGCCUGGAGGAGAUGCUCCUGGACUGCCGCUUCCGGGCCCGGGAGUGCGGCCCCCGGAACUUCACCACCACCUUCACCCGCUUGGGCAAGUGCUACACCUUCAACUCGGGCGCCCCCGGCUACGAACUGCUCACGACGGUCAAGGGCGGCACCGGCAACGGGCUGGAGCUGAUGCUGAACAUCCAGCAGGAUGAGUACCUGCCUGUUUGGGGAGACACAGACGAGACCUCCUAUGAAGCGGGUGUGAAGGUGCAGAUCCACAGCCAGGACGAGCCCCCCUCCAUUGACCAGCUGGGCUUCGGCGUGGCCCCCGGCUUCCAGACCUUCGUCUCCUGCCAGCAGCAGCGGCUCCUCUACCUCCCCCCGCCGUGGGGCGACUGCCGGUCUGGUCGCAUUGAGUCUGCCUUCUUCACCAACUACAGCAUGGCCGCCUGCCGCAUCGACUGCGAGACGCGCUACCUGGCGGAGAACUGCAACUGCCGCAUGGUGCACAUGCCAGGGAAUGCCAACAUCUGCAGCCCGGAGCAGUACAAGGACUGCGCUGACCCCGCCCUGGACUUCCUGGUGGAGAAGGACAACGAGUUCUGCACCUGCCAGACGCCCUGCGAGACGGUGCGUUACGGCAAGGAGCUCUCCGUGGUCAAGAUCCCCAGCAAGGCCUCGGCCAAGUACUUGGCCAAGAAGUACAACCACAGCGAGCAAUACAUUGCGGAGAACCUCCUGGUCCUGGACAUCUUCUUUGAAGCGCUGAACUACGAGACCAUUGAGCAGAAGAAGGCCUACGAGGUGGCCGGGCUGCUGGGGGACAUUGGGGGCCAGAUGGGCCUCUUCAUCGGGGCCAGCCUGCUCACCAUCCUGGAGAUCUUCGACUACCUGUACGAGAAUGUCUGGCUAUCGCGUUGCCAGCCCCCCCGGAAUUCUGGGUAUCACCUGGAUUUCAAGCAUCUCACCCGGAUUGCUUCGCCCACUCCGAUUCUCCCAGAUUCCAGCUUUCAUUUUAAAAAGAAGCAGCAGCAGCAGCUAAGCUCUAGCCCUUGUAGAAGCAGAGUUAUGGAGCAAAACGCGCAGUCACUCUUCUGCUCCACUGCUAGACUUGGAUUAAGAGAGGAAGGGGCUUCACUUCCACGAGUACAGCAGCCUCCUGAGGAAUGUUGCCUUGUUUGUUAUCGGCAGGGGAUCUUUUCCAGGCAGUUGAGAGGACAGCUUGCUUUUGAUCACUGCCUGCCUACCAGGCUGUGCAUUAUAACGUUUCAGGACUUGCUUGGCUUUACAUUCUUUGCAUGCCUACUUAGAAGUAAGCACCAUUGGUUUCAAUCAGAUCUUCUCUCAUGCUAGUCUAUGACCAUAAUACAGAUUGAUUGAUCUUCUCUCAAAUAAAUGUGUACAGAAUUGCAGCCUUAAUUAAAA